AUGAAGACUCGACAGUACAUUCUCGUUGUGUGCUUUCUAUGCUUGGCUAAGGGAAUUCAGUCUUGGAGUGUGCCACCUUCUUGCACUCUAAAUGAUUUUAUUCUAAACGGAUGUAAGACGGAUAACCAAGGGAAAGGAGAUGGUCAGACGUCUAAAGGGGAUUUAGUAACCCAGUGCCCACCAAAUGUGGUCUUUGUGGUGGAUGGGUCGGAUAGCGUGUCCCCAACCGGCUACCGACUGGCACUAGAGUCUCUUUACAGAGAGAUUCGAACCGUGACUCAAACGUUGGCCAAUACACACAUCGGAGUGGUUCUUUAUAGUGAGGUCAUCCAAGACAUCCCUCUUCAGGCACGGACGCCUGCGGAGAUCGAAGACUUGAUCCGGCAAAUCCAGAACAUCCAACAGCCCAGGAGGAAGACCUUGAUCUCUAGGGCCCUAAGUAGAGCAAGAGAGAUGCUCCAAGAUUAUUCUAUGAUCGAAUCUCGUGCCUACAACGGAAUUAAAAGUGGGAGUAUCAUUGUUUUAUUGUCAGAUGGACAGACAGACAAUAGACAGCAAGCCAUACAGGAAGCUAAACUGGCCAAGGAUAGCGGAGUCCUGAUCAUCAGCCUGAGCCUGGAGAACCCAGAUGGUCAAAUGCUGAAAUAUAUCUCUCACGUCGUGCAGGAUCACGUGAAGGCGAUCAACUGGACCUCGCUGGUCGCUUGUCCAGGUCGUGUGUUGGAUCCUGUUCAAAGAGGCCGCAAGUGCCGAGAUCUCCUGAUCGUGGUUGACGGCUCAGACAGUGUCCUGCGUCACGAAGCGACGGUCAGACAGUACCUGGUCCACACAGCUCUACGCUUCCGACUGGUCAACAACGCCAUAGGGGUCAACGUCUAUGGGACAGACUCGCAAAUACAGUCAGCGGACACUAGGAUAAGGCUUGAGGAUGACAAGUACGAUCUUGCAGAGAAGAUCCGUCUCAGACUGGCUUUCCCAACUUCAGGCGGUACCGGAACUGACCGAGCUAUCAUCCAGUCGGUUGGGAUGCUGAAUGAUGACCUCAGAGAAGAGCCUGCUGCCUUGAUUCUCAUCAUUGAUGGGCCUACAGUCGAUCCUCAGGCAACAAGAACUGCUUACCAAAAUGCCCUCAAUAACGACUACCAGAUCAUCACAAUCCGUGUUGGAACUGCCAUGACAAACGAGGAGCUGAGUUCAAUCACCGGAGGGGACCUCACUAACGUCUUUAGUGUAAAUUCCUUCACCGAUCUGUUUGGCGUGGAUUUUGAUAGUCGCGUCUGUGAAG